UUGCUUCUUUCCCCUCAUCCCCCACCCCUCCCCUCUAACCCCAAGCCUCCUUCACUUAAAAGCUGCUCAGAAAGACCUGGAGAAGGGAAUAACAGAGGCAGGGGACUGGGAGACUUAGAUUUUGAUUAUUACUCAUUUAUUUUUGGCUGACCCUUACCUUUUUCUGUACUGGGGGGGGGCAACGUGCGUUGUCUAGGAAGAUGGUGGCAGAAAAGGAGACCCUGGGCCUAACCAAAGCUCCAGAAAAACAGCCGAAAAGGACCAGGCUUCAGCCUCAACAGCCACCUCUGAGCCACCAGCAACAACCCCAGGUUUCCGAAGGCUUCACGGUCAAAGCCAUGAUGAAAAACACAGUCGUGAAAGGCCCUCCAGCUGCAGGAGCAUUUAGAGAAAGACCAACCAAGCCCACAGCAUUUCGCAAGUUUUACGAGCGAGGAGACUUCCCGAUUGCCCUGGAGCAUGAUUCGAAAGGAAACAAAAUCGCCUGGAAGGUGGAAAUUGAGAAGCUUGACUAUCAUCACUACCUGCCUCUGUUUUUCGACGGGCUUUGUGAAAUGACAUUUCCCUACGAGUUUUUUGCUCGCCAAGGAAUCCAUGACAUGCUGGAACAUGGGGGGAACAAGAUACUUCCUGUCAUUCCACAGCUCAUUAUCCCAAUAAAAAACGCACUGAACCUCCGUAACCGACAGGUCAUCUGCGUCACGCUCAAAGUUCUGCAGCACUUGGUUGUGUCAGCUGACAUGGUGGGCGAAGCUCUCGUGCCCUACUACCGUCAAAUCCUUCCCAUCUUAAACAUCUUUAAGAACAUGAAUGUUAAUUCCGGAGAUGGCAUUGACUACAGCCAGCAGAAGCGAGAAAACAUUGGAGACUUGAUUCAAGAAACACUGGAGGCGUUUGAGCGCUAUGGAGGAGAAGAUGCUUUUAUAAACAUUAAAUACAUGGUCCCCACCUAUGAAUCGUGCUUGUUAAACUAAAGGAAGACACAGCUGGGUCAAAAGGGAAGGGUCCAUUUGGGUUUGAAACAGCUCACCCCAGUGAUGUUCAACAUCUUCGUGUUUCAGCCUUCUUUCUGUACAGCUGCUAAAAUAGUGGCUUCUGGGCAUUAGACUGUUAGCACUAUUGUGAGAGAGGCUUCCAAUACAUAAAUAGUGCCUGUUUCUUCGAUUA